AUGAAGUCCGAUGAAUCGGUGGCUAUGGACACAGUCAGCACUGAGAGACUCUAUGCUGUUUGUCGAGAGGACGUUCAUGAGUUUUUGGACAAUGAUGUGGCAAUGACUCGAUUAAGUGACGCCAAUAUGGAGCGACUUUCCUGUGGCUCGCUGACAUCGGUUGAAUUUAAUCGAGCUUAUCGUGUCGUUAUGACAACGAGCGUUGAUACCACCAUGUCUUUGUUCACCUUAGGGAGUUCAGGAAGCCACUUACUGGCAGACUUUGUUUUUGAGAAGUUUCCGAUUAGUGCUGCGAAAUUCACCUGUCGUGGUGAAAAGGUUGUGCUUACCGGAAGGCGGCAUUAUUUCAAGGUAUACGAUCUGAGCAGUAAUAAAGAAUCGCAUCCCAUUGUUCCACUUUCUACCCAUUAUGAAGAGAAAAUAGAUUCUGUACAGAUCUCUCCUAUCAGUGAUGUCGCUGCCUUUUCUGGCUCUGAAGGUGUUUACCUCGUUGAUCUUCGCACUUUUGAAAAGACGGCUACGGCCCGUGUAAGCGGAACUGUGGUGUCGCAUUGCUUCGCUCAAGAUGGUGACAUUCUCAAUGCCUUCUCGAGCGAUGGAUCUGUCUUUAUGUUUGAUCUGCGGUACAAUGCUCGCCCGAUGCGUCGGUGGAACGAUUACGGUUACACAGGCGGUUGCAGUUUAGCCACCUCACACAACUCCAAGUUUAUUGCCUGUGGCUCGGAAUCCGGCUAUGUGAACAUUUACGCCUGGGAGGCCGUGAUGACUAGCUCAACAAGAUGUCCAAAGCCACUAAAGUCCGUGGGGAACUUGACCACUGCGGUGGAUCAGCUGCUCUUCCAUCCUUCGGAUCAAUUACUAUAUAUGUCCUCUUCCUUGCAAUCUGCAGCUGCAAGACUGGUAGGUCAGCCGUUUUAUGGCAGAGGUCUUCCUACACUUCACUGUUUACACCAAGAUUCAUGGUUUUCUUCGCGUUUUGCUUCUGAUGGGUUCUUUAAAACUAUUAUAUGUAAUGUUGAUGCCGCUCAUUCCACUGGCGCUGUUCUAAACCAUCAGUUGGAUGAUUGA